AUGGACAUGAGCAUAAGUCAAAAUGGGAGCAUAAGAAACAUUUCUCUUUGUUAUGAACAUCAUCCUAACUCCUGUCAGAAGUUCAUCUAUCCACAGGCCAUGCGAGUUAUUAUAUAUUGUGUAAUUAGUGUCAUUGUACUUCUCACAUUAUUUGGAAAUCUUCUGGUGAUCAUAUCCAUAACUCAUUUCAAGCAGCUGCACACACCAACUAACUACCUCACUCUCUCUCUGGCUGUAGCUGACCUGCUUGUAGGAGGGAUUGUCAUGCCUCCUAGCAUGAUACGCUCUGUGGAGACUUGCUGGUAUUUGGGGAAUUUGUUCUGUAAAAUGCACAGCAGCCUUGACAUGACAUUAUGCACGGCAUCUGUUUUAAAUCUUGUAUUUAUUUCAAUUGAACGAUAUUAUGCAGUAUGUCACCCCCUGCAGUACCACAGUAAAAUGACUCCUCUUGCUACUCUGUUCAUGAUCACUGUUUGUUGGAGUCUUGCUGCUGUUGUGGGAAUUAUAUUUCCAGAGCUAAAUGUUCUGAGCAUGAAAGCUUAUGAUGAUGUUUUAUGUGCAGGAGCCUGUGUGCUGGUUUUAGAACCCAUGAUACGUUUAGCAAUUUCAGUGUCUUCUUUGUAUCUCCCCACUGUUAUCAUGCUAAGCAUAUAUCUGAAAAUAUAUCUUGUUGCACGGAAACAAUCACACUUAGUCGUCCAAACUGUUUCUCAAAUAAACUCAUCCAGUGGACAACCAGCCAUUAGUAAGUCAGAGAGAAAAGCAACUAAAACAUUAGUCAUUGUCAUGGGAGGGUUUCUGUCAUUUUGGGCACCAUUUUCUAUCUGUAAUCUUACUGUGACAUUUUUUGGUUUUAGUGGUCCACCACAACUGUUUGAUGCGCUUGGUUGGAUUGCUUAUUUAAAUUCAGCUUGCAAUCCUAUUAUAUAUGCAUUCUUCUACAAGUGGUUUAGAAAGGCACUCAGAGUUAUUUUGUUAGGUCAAAUAUUUAAAAACAGCUCUUCAAGAAUGAAGCUGUGUUCAGAGUAG